GCGUCCUCGUGUCGAAGUCGAUCGUGUAAUUGCGUGUACGACGGCGAUUUCUUCGGUUCGGUGUUAGCUUAAUCCUCAACUUUAAAACUUUUAAAUAAAUAAAAAUAAAAUUUAAUAAAUAAUUUCCCUUCCACAUUCAUCUAGUGUUAGCUUAAUCCUCUACUUUAAAAGUCAAAUCAAUUCGAAACUACAUAACUUAAUUACAACAAUUUACCUAAUUUAAAACCAAUUGAAAUUGAAAAAUACUCCGAUUGAACUAAAGAAAUAAACACUUUAAAGCAUAGCUAACAUUUAUUAUACAAUUGCAUCGUUCACAUACAAUGGCAACACUGUCCUCCAACGCAGCCUCGAACGCUAGCGAACCGCCGAAAAUCAGCAAAUUCUUCAACAGCAGCUGCAAUUACCAGAGUAAAAUCCAACAACUGAUCAGCUUCAGUUUCACCUCGUCGAAUUUCAUCUUUAUCACAUGCAUACUGAGCAUUAGUAAGCUGUGCACUGUUACCGCUGGUCCGGUACAAACCACCGCUGCUGCUGGUACACCAGGACCCACCACAGCCGGCCCACCCUACAGUGCACUCAAUGCUACAACGUUAAUGGAGAAAUUACAUUCGUUUGCAACAACACUUGGCCCACCUGUAACAUCGGCGGAGAAAUCAUCGAAAAAUAGUGCUCCUCCAGCGAAUAGUGUCAGUGACGGCAGUGGCUCAAUGUCGUUUUUUGGUCGCAAAAAUUUAAUACAUUUCGAUUUUAAAUUUUUGAAUGUCUCCGGCAAGAUUGGCACACCGCUUAGCAUUGAUGAAGAUAAAUAUGAAGAUAAAGGUGAAGAUAAAGAUGAAAAUGCAGAUGGAGAUGAAGGUGAAGACGAAAAUGUUGAUGAAGCGCAUUUCUUGGCCAAUGAAUCGUAUGACUUCUGA